AUGUUCGAUCGCAAGGGCAAACUAAGCCCUCAGUUUAUUAGGCCUUAUCGGAUUCUGAAACGAGUGAGAUCAGUCGCAUAUCAGUUGGAACUACCUCUGGAGUUAGACCAUAUCCAUGAUGUAUUCCACAUCUCAAUGUUGAGGCGCUACUGCUCUGAUCCCACGCAUAUUGUUCAUGUUGAAAAAAUUGAAGUUCGACCAGAUCUGACCUUCGAAGAGGAGCCGGUUCAGAUUUUGGAUUGUGACGUUAAGGUUUUGAGAAGGAAAUCCAUUCCUUUGGUGAAGGAGAAAUGCACCGAUGCUAGUGUGAGACUAUUGUGCAAAGAUAGUGAGAGAAAAGCGCUACUUGAAUUUAAGCACAGCCUUCAAGCCAUGGAUUCGUCAGGCGACGAUGCCCUUUCUUUAUGGGAAAGUACGAUUAGCCCUUCACUGCUUAAACUACAUCAUUUGACUUCUUUAAAUUUCAACAGUAAUGAUUUUAAUGGAAGUCUCAUCCCAGAGUUUUUUGGUUCCUUGAAAAAAUUGAAAUUACUGGCUCUCUCUAAUGCUAAUUUUAAAGGUCCAAUUCCUUUUCUACUUGGAAAUCUUUCAAUGUUGGAAACUCUUAGAUUGGGUGGUAACGGUGGAGACGUGACGUAUCGCCAUAGUUUCAAAAAAAUCUUCAGUGUUGGAAAACUUGAGUGGCUUUCCCAUCUUUCUUGUUUGAAAGAGGUUGAUCUCAGUUUCACUAACCUGAGCAAUGGCAAUGAUUGUUAUUGGAACAACACUUCUGCCAUAUAUCCAUGGUUGUUUAAUGUUAGCAGCAACCUUGUUUCCCCUAAUCUCUCAAGUAACAAGUUGAAAGGUCCAAUUCCAGAAGCUUUUGGGAACAUGAAGGCUAUUCAAGAACUUUAUCUGGAUGAUAAUCUUUUGGUACUUGCUGAGAAUCAAGUUAAAGGCGAUUCUGGGUUGAAUGAAAUCGGAAAACUACCAGAUUUUAGGGUUCUAGAUCUUAGGUACAACCUUUUAAAUGGAUCCAUAAGCAAAAGCAUUGGACAACUUUCCAACCUGCAAGUCUUGCGGCUUGCAGGGAAUUCCUUUGAUGGUGAUGUGAUUUCCGAAGCUCAUUUCUCAAAUUUCACCAAUUUACAGGAGUUGGAUUUAUCGUACACUUCUUUGACUUUAAAAUUCAGCACCGGAUGGAUUCCUCCCUUCCAACCGAGUCAACUAUUGCUUUGCUCUUGCAAGUUAGGGCCUCGUUUCCCAAAUUGGAUUGACGUUGGUAUUCCUUCCAUAGAUUACCUUGAUAUUUCUGCUUCAGGAAUUUCGGAUUCUCUUCCCUACUGGUUUUGGGACAAAUUUCAGAGAGCAUCGUACAUAAACAUGUCUUUCAAUCAGAUCAAUGUCUCUCCAAUUUGCAAUAUUACCGGUUAUAGUCUUUUGGCAUUGUUUGAUCUCUCAAAUAAUCUAUUUUCUGGAGUGGUUUCAGACUGUUUUGGAAGUUCUUCGUUUUUAACAGCUUUGAAUUUGGGUGAUAAUAGUUUCUCAGGCUCACUUCCAAGCUCCUUAGGAUCUCUUACUUCUCUUGAAAUGCUCAGUUUACGUGGUAAUAAAUUCUCGGGAGAAUUACCUUCAUCUUUACAGAAUUGUGCCAAGUUAAAAUUUCUGGACUUGAGUGAUAAUGAAUUAUCAGGAGAAAUACCAAUGUGGAUCGGUCAGAAGCUUUCAUCGUUGGUUUUUCUUAGCCUUCAAGGGAACCAGUUCAAGGGAAGGAUUCCCCAUCAACUUUGUGGAUUGAAAUAUCUACAAAUCUUGGACCUCUCUGACGGUUUGAUUGUGCUUAGAAGGAUCAUUCAACUUAGAUAUGUUGAUGAGGCACUGCUUACAUGGAAGGGAACAAAGCAAAGCUAUCCACAACUUGGAUUGCUACUAGCCAUUGAUCUCUCUUGUAACAAAUUAACAGGAGUGAUUCCUGAAGAAUUAAGUAGUCUUCAAGAACUGGUUGCAUUGAACUUGUCAAGAAACCUUUUUAACGGAAAAAUUCUUCAAAAGAUUGGGCAUAUAAAACAACUAGAGAGGACUUUGUGGUCCUCCGAUUUCACCGAAUUGCUCAAUGGUGGAACCACCUCCCCGCAAACCUGCAGUAGGAGGUGA